AGUUCUGCUCCGAGUUCUCUUCCCUUUCUUAACUCUCUCUCGCCUUUUCCUUUUCUCAUGGCGGUCAACGAGUUCAGAUAAUAUCAUCGAAACGCAUAGCCCAUAGCCUCGAAACGGCACGCAACUCUGUUCAGGUAUAGCCAAAGCGCAAGUCCUCGCUAGUCGCUUCUUCUCCAAGAGGAGGAGCAUGGGGAGGAUGGGAGGCAAUUCCAGGUCUCACUCUGCGAACCCCAGCGACUACAAGCUUCUGGAAGAGGUUGGCUAUGGCGCCAGUGCUACAGUGUACAGAGCGAUCUAUCUCCCUUUCAAUGAAGUCGUCGCUGUAAAAUGUUUGGAUCUCGAUCGCUGCGGCAGCAAUUUCGAAGAUAUACGGAGGGAGGCGCAAACGAUGAGCUUGAUAGAUCACCCAAAUGUUGUAAAGGCGUAUUGUUCAUUUGUUGUCGAGCGAAACCUUUGGGUGAUCAUGCCAUUCAUGGCAGAGGGUUCUUGUUUGCACCUCAUGAAAAUAGCAUAUCCGGAUGGGUUUGAGGAGUCUGCUAUCGGUUCUAUCCUUAAGGAAACCCUUAAGGCUCUGGUUUACCUUCAUAAACAAGGUCAUAUUCACCGAGAUGUUAAGGCGGGAAACAUACUACUUGAUACUAAUGGGGUGGUUAAACUUGCCGACUUUGGUGUUUCAGCUUGCUUGUUUGAUGCAGCUGAUAGGCAACGCUCAAGAAACACUUUCGUAGGAACGCCAUGCUGGAUGGCACCAGAGGUAUUGCAACCGGGAAGUGGAUACAAUUCCAAGGCUGACAUUUGGUCAUUUGGUAUAACGGCAUUGGAGUUGGCCCAUGGUCAUGCACCAUUUUCAAAGUACCCUCCAAUGAAGGUUCUCCUCAUGACCAUACAGAAUGCCCCUCCAGGACUUGAUUAUGAUCGUGAUAAAAAGUUCUCUAAGUCUUUUAAAGAAAUGGUUGCAAUGUGCUUGGUAAAAGAUCAAACAAAGAGACCAACAGCAGAGAAAUUAUUGAAACACUCCUUUUUCAAGAAUGCAAAACCUCCAGAGCUUUCUAUAAAGAAAUUGUUUACAGACUUGCCACCACUUUGGAAUCGUGUAAAAGCACUCCAGCUUAAAGAUGCAGCACAACUGGCUUUGAAGAAAAUGCCUUCAGCAGAGCAAGAGGCAAUAUCACAGAGUGAGUACCAGCGAGGAGUCAGCGCCUGGAACUUUGAUGUUGAGGAUUUAAAAGCCCAAGCAUCCCUGGUGCGAGAUGAUGAUGAUAUUCCAGAAAUGAUGGAAGAAGAUGAAAAGUUGAAAUCCGUUAGUUAUAAGCAUGAAGCAACUGGUUGCCAAUCCAGUUUGGGGAAGUUGAACGAAAAUAGUGAACCAUAUUGGACGGAAUACAAAGAAGUAAAUGAUUAUGAGGCACAACAGGUUGAAAGCUUGAACAAAAAAGGCAAGGUUCUUGAAAGUAAUAUACUGGAAUCUGGUGGCCAGCAGAAAACAGCCUGGAAGAAAAAUGGAUCAAGCUCUGAGGCAACAGCAUCUACAUCAGAAAAAGACAUGGUACAGGCCAAGAAUAAAAAUCUAUCGGUGAAAAGUCGUCAAACGCAGAGUGGCCCACUCACACCGGGUGCUGUGCUCAGUCAUUCAUUAUCAGAAAGGGCUCGCAUCUUUGAAAGGAGUGAGAAUGAAAAUCAACCGGCAAUUGAUAAAGCUAAAUGUGAAGUACGACGAACACCAAGCUUUAGUGGUCCACUGAUGCUUCCAAAUCGAGCUUCGGCAAACAGUUUAUCAGCUCCUAUAAAAUCUUCUGGAGGUUUCAGAGAUUCUUUGGAUGACAAGUCAAAGGCUAAUUUGGUGCAAAUUAAGGGGAGGUUUUCAGUGACGUCAGAAAAUUUAGAUCUUGUAAAGGAUAUUCCAUCAAGUACAAUACCUCGUCGAUCUUCACAGGGAUCACCUCUAAAAAAGUCAGCAAGCGUUGGUGAUUGGGUAUUUGAAUCCAGGCAAAUGCCUACCACUCCAUCUGCCAAGGAGUUGAACAACAGCAACAUACCUGCAUCACUUCUCUUGCCUCACCUUCAGAAUCUUUUUCAGCAGACCUCGAUUCAACAGGAUAUAAUUAUGAAUUUACUGAGCACCUUGCAACCAGCUGAGGCAGUAGAAGGUACUCAAAAUGGAAAGUUGCCUCCACUGCCCCGCAGUUCUGAGACCAAUGGAAGUGUCGAAGCUGCAGUUUCUGAGAGGGAGCGUUUAUUGCUCCUCAAGGUCUCUGAGCUUCAAGCUAGGAUGAACAACUUGAGUGAUGAACUGACUGCUGAAAAGACGAGACACAUUCAAUUGCAGCAACAGCUGAAUGCUGUAUCUGGGCAGGAAGAAAAUGGGGACGGAAGAUAAGGGGUGCCUGAAAACCUGAAGUUGUGAUUAGUGUAAAGUGAAUCCAUGUACAUCCGGCCAAUGAGCGGUAGAUCGUGUCGAAUGUGUUCUAUCCAACAAAUUUUUUUUCUCUAUGCUGAACGGGAAUUGUUCAUUGGCUGCCGGUAAAAGUAGAUGCAUGGAGAAGGUAACAAUUUGAUGUUCCUGAAUCUCUUCUCCCAGUGUACCUAAUAAGUUCCCUCACGGAUUUCGGCCACUUCAGAAUUCAGACAAGUAAUAAUCGAGCUUAUGGAUUCAUCCGGAUGUGAUUUGUCCUGUUCAAAAAUGGAAAAUAGGUGCUUCUCUGUAGCGAUCUAACUCCUGGACUGGUGGUCAAAUUGGUUCUACAGUUAUAUACAUAUAUAAUAGGGGUGUAUUUUAUAUUUAUAAGGUUAAAACAGACAUUGUGGCAUCAUUAUUUUUGUCAAAAUGGAUUUAUGAGCUUGUAUAUGAUGGCGGUAGAACGUAAUGCUGUUUAUUAUUUCAUUUAUACUAAUUGUGCUAUUCCUAUUCA